UCUUUUGUAAACUCAUUAUACCCUCUUUGCUGCUCUUUCAGAAUCAUCAAUAGUGACUAAUGAAGGGGACUCGACGGUCGCAUUUCAAACCCACAAACUUUGAGCUCCUCAACAUCCUUCACUGGAGACUCGUUAGAGGCAAAAGAUGUAGUUUCAUAACCGACAUGCAGAAUCUGUACGAGAGAGCACCGUGGCUUCUACAGCACGUAAGGCAUGUUAGAUUCCGCGAGAACGAAUGGUUUUACUUCGUCAGGAGGAAUAAACGUCCAGGGAUGCAAAAAGCUGACUCGACGAGACCGAGCAGAACGGUCGGUGAGUCAGGUAUAUGGAAGACGAGUGGUGUUGUGGCUCAGAUAAAGAAUCAAGAUGGAGCUAACGUCGGUACUAAGAGGCAUAUAAGCUUCAAAGCUAAGAGUGCAACAGUGAAAGAUGGGAUCACAACUGGUUGGACGAUGCAUGAGUUUGUUUUAGAUGAACCGUGGUUUCAAGAAGUGGUUCUGUGUAGAAUUAGGUUUUAUAAGCGUAAAGACAAUGCUCAAUAUGCUCCAAGAUUCUUACCUAUAGUGAUUGGACGUGAACGGGGAGACAGUAUUCAUCAUGGUGUUGCUGCUGCUGCUGGUGAAGAACUUCAAUACUCGAACGCUCCGGUGGAGACUCAUGAAGCUCAAGGGAUGGAGCAGUGGACUGGAUCUUGUUCUCGUGAGGUUGUCUCGUACUUGGCUCGUCAACAGAUUAUGGUACAAGACUCAAACUAUACAAUAUUGAAUGGAGGAGGUAUGAUGCAACAUCAAGACUUUGGGUCCUAUGGUCAACACUUCUCAGUGAAUGGAAGGAUGGAGAAACACCUAGACUUUGGUUCUUAUGGUCAGCUAUCAGGAGAAUUUUUAGGUCAGCAGCAAGAUCAUAUUCUUGCAGGACAAGCAACCUAUGUCUCACAUAUGGAGGACCACCAGCAGCAAUCCCAUAACCUUUUGGGGGGACAUGGGACGGAUCCUUCGCACUCGGCUCAAACCAUGGAGGAGGAUCAGCAGCAAUGGAAUGGGUUUUGGGGUCCAUACUCGGCUCAACCAUAUGAUCAAGGCAUGAUGGAGAAUCAAGACUUUGAGUCUUCUGCUUUAGGUUUGGCUCAAAAUCAUCAGUGUUCGGGACAGAACAAUGAUCUCUCAGCUCUUUCAGAACCUGCUGCUCAGCAACAACAUUUAGGAGAAGGCUCAAACUUAUCUGGACCUUCACAGGUUCAAGUUAUGAUGAAUCAAGCUUUGGUGGAGCAGCAUUAUGUUCCAUGGUCGGCUCAGGCAAAUGAUCAGUAUAAAGAACAUAACAAUGAGCUCCCAACGGUUCCUAUGGAGACUCAGCAUCAACAACAUGACAAUGUCAUUAUAAACUCAGCUGCUCAGCUACAUCUUGAGGCACAAGACAAUGUUCCUUUGAUAAAUGAAACCAUGGAAGCACAAGCCACAGAUCUUCCAGUGAACCAAGGUAUAGAUGAGUCACAUGGAGGCAUUGUUGGCUCUCCUACUUACAGAGAAUUGUAUCAAGAAUUUCUUGGAGAGGAAGAGAUGGGUUCAGAGAUGGAUAACAUUUGGAAUGACGUUUUGAAUGAGGAAUGGGUUCAAAAGCUUGGAAAAAACACACCAGAAGAAGAAGAAGCUGAGUUAAUAGCUGAUCUAACAAACUGUGAAACUUUUGAGUCUUUCUUGGACUCCUUAUUGUCCAACUAACAAUAUAGUUUAAACAUCCUUAUAUCAUUCAUGGAUUCAUGACUCAUUAGCAGUUUGAAUAAACUAAAAACUUUUGUAUUUUUGUUAUUUGGGUUUUGACAAUAUGUCCAUUACAUCUCUGUGAAUGUCAAUUAUACUUGCUGAACCCGACCAGUAUUUUCCUUUUGAAAAAAUGUGCAAUUUAUUCAAGUAAUAAAAUCGUUUUUAUAUUUGUUGUUGCAUUGUAUCUAAGUUUUUGUUUAGAAAUAAAGCACUAGUUUUUCUCUAUCUUGUAUCAAACCAUCUCGAUAGCCCUUUCUCUAUCUUGUGUCAAACUGGACCAGUAUUUAGUAUGGUUGGUGAAUGAAACAGAGCACUGGUGUUGUUCUUAGAGCUAAGUGCUAAAAUGUACAAAGCUAGAGUUUCAGACAACAAAGAAGCUUAAAUUCUAUUUACCUUAGCAGGAUUUCUAUGGUUCUCUCAGGACAGAACCUGGCUUGGCUUCACCAUUGCCUUCAUUCAGUCCCUUACCAAAUCUUUUUGUUUUCUAGAUAAAAAGUCUUAAAGAUUGACAUGACAUGACUUUACAGAUUAUUUCAUCUGUGGUACUAUCAAGAAGCAAACAUCGAGAUCUUUGUCCAGGUGAAAGAAUGUUUAUGCACAAAUGCAUCUUCCCCAAGCAAAAACAAUACUCUCUUCGGUUUUUAAUACAUGGUGUUUUUAGAGAAUUUUUUGUGUUCUAAAUUAGAAGACGUUUUCAAUUUUUAAUGUAAAACUUAUUCAAAAAUUAUGUUAUAUGUUUGCGGUCUAUUUUGUAAUUAGUUACAUUGUGUUUAGAUGAAUAAUUAAUAAUAUUUUUAUUUAAAAUAUAAUAAAAUAUUUUAUUAAUCUACGUGGACAAUCUUAAAACGACAUUUAAUUAAAAAAUGGAGGGGGGAUUGGUCACUUGGACGACAACAUACUACUUUGGUCUACACGCCGUUCUUGACCAACCUUGCAAGAUGGUUCUAGGAAACUAUUAGUGAUGUUGACAUUAUAAAAUGAUAUUAGCUCAUACACAGAGCUAUUGUUUUCUACAUAUAUAGUUUCUCUUUGAGUAUCCUAUAUAUUCCCAUCAUCACUCUGAGUCUCUGACAGCUAGUGCUCCUAUAACAUACAACACUAGUCAACAUAAGCUCAAUACAUAACAUAACAUGUGAAUAUGAUUGCACCGGCACACGUUCUCUAACUACACCUAAUUUGUAACCAUCAACUUCUUUGAUCAAAAUUUCAUUUACAAUCAAAGGCUAUAACAAGAACAGAACUAGAGUUGUCCUGUCUCAAACUGAUCAGUGAUAGUUUCCAACAACUUAAACCCAAAAAAAUGUUUAAAUCUUUGUGAAAACGAAACCAUUAAAAUCUGACCUUGAAGAUUGAGUGAAACCCACGCCUUCUUCACCGGAGACGACGUCGACGUUCUCAUAGGAGAAGCAACGGAUGCGAGAGAUGAAGACUUAGAAUCUUGGAGCUUCCAGCUCCGGCUACGGAAGUCGCGAGAGCCGCCACCAUCAUCCUCGUGGCCGCCACCAAACAAAAAAAAAACGAAAAAUAAAAUAAAAUAUAAAUUGCGAGUCCUUUACUUUUAAAAGCCCUUUAAUUAUAAAAUUUCCGACUGGUCCUUUUAGUUAUAAAAUCUCAUUUAAUUUUGUAAAACGGGUGGACCCAACUAAUGGCCCGAUAGACUUAAAUGACAACUUCUAACCUUAUGACCCAGUCCAUUAAAAUAAGAAAUACACGUGUCAGUUACCAUUUCGUAUCUUUCUUUUUGUGUUUUGAGUAUCAAAUGUUUGACUUUUUCUUUAUAUGUGUUGUGAGACUUGUGACCAAUCAAGUACACGUGUCGACAGAGUUGUGUUUAGACAAUGCGACAGUGAUGGCCACCACCACGACGGAACAUAUCUAAAUCCAUAUGGGCUAGAGACGAAAUGAUUUCUGCUGUACACAAUAUUUAUUGUUUCAGAAUGUUAUAACACAUCAUAUUAGACCACCUAUCAAGUGGGUAUUGACUCGAAAACACUAUGGAAUAGUAUGAUUUAUACAAUUUAUCUUUGUCAACAGUACUAUAAAUUUGUUUCUCUUUUUUCCAAUCAGACACAUUAAUAUAGUUUGAAUUGAUUUGCAAACUUUUGUAAUGCAAGUGUCCAUUGCCUUUAAUUAUUUGCUUGGUAGUACAGAAAGUUCUUUUCACUUCACAUGCUCGCAUGGUUUCCAACCCCCCUUAAGUGAACGUAAAACAAAGCUUUACGUUUUAAUAUAUAAUAUAAUACACAUAACUAAUUUUACCAACGAAUAUAUGCCAAAUUUAUUAUUUUUUUGCUUUUUUAUACUUUUUCUAAACCGAUUAUAACUGCUUCAAAAUAAUAUUACAGUCUUUUCUGCUGUGAUUUUUUUGUGAGAGCAGCCUAAGAUCGAAAACGACGUAAGCUUAAAGGUAAAAUGCAUUUAAAACAUUUCGAGAUUGGAACCGAAAAAGACAAGCAUGUCGUUGGAGCGAUCAUCCUGCAUAGAAUGUAGAUAGCUUAUGAUGCUUAUCCUGAAUCAUUUUAUCGAUACAAUGAAUAAAAUAAUUUGAACAUGAUAAUUCUAGUGAACAAUGAACCUACCUGUACAGUUUUUCUUUCUUUCACGGCACUUUAAUUUUUUUUUAACCUCUUGCAGAGAGGUGCAAUCAAACUCGUAUUCAAAGAGUUUGCAGAAGUGGCAACGUGAGCGACGUUGACGAAUCUGCACAACUAUAGGUACAGUUAUACCAACCAUUCAUAUUUAUAUAUACACAAGGCCGUAUCUGCUUGUAUAUAUCAUUUAAAUAAGUUUGGUUACAUUAUUUGGGCUAGACCGUUAUAACAUUUAUGAUGCAUGUGCCUACCAAUACAAUGCACAAAUUUAACAACUUUACGACGUGGCCGAAUAAAUAUAAAUGAUUCCUAAAUAAUAAAUAAUUUGCCUUCUAUUUUUUACUAUUAUUAGGCAUUGUGGACCAUUGUUUUAUAAAUGUACAACAACGGCAAAAGCAAAAUCAUCUAUAUAUAUAUUAUGAGCAGGGCUGGAUUUAAGAGGUCAUAAACAAAUUUAAUAUUAAUUUUAAUUAAACUUUUGACAUUUUAAGAUUACAUGAUCUAUAUAUAGUAACUUUAAAAGAAUCGGAGAAUCAAAACAAAUGUUUCAUCCGUGUCCAGAAACAGCAUUAUAAUAUCAAACUAGAAAGAUAGUAUACAUUACCAAGAAAUAGAUAGUUACAUACAUUUACGUUACAUAAUUAAAAACAUUUACGUAACAUUAUAUAAUAAUAUAAAAAAAAUCAAUGAAGCAUUUGGUUACUUUA